AUGGACAGGUCCAAUCAGACCUCCCCGCUGGUGGGGUUCAUCCUCCUGGGCCUCUCUGCCCACCCAAGGCUGGAGGAAACGUUCUUUGUGUUCGUCCUGCUCAUGUACCUGGUGGUCCUGCUGGGCAACGGGGUCCUCAUCCUGGUGACCAUCCUUGACUCUCACCUGCAUACGCCCAUGUACUUCUUCCUGGGGAACCUCUCCUUCCUGGACAUCUGCUACACAACCUCCUCCGUCCCUCUCAUCCUUGACAGCUUCCUAACCCCUAGGAAAACCAUGUCUUUCUCAGUCUGUUUUGGGCAGAUGUUUCUCUCCUUUGCCAUGGGGGCCACGGAGUGUGUGCUUCUGGGCAUGAUGGCGUUUGACCGCUACGUGGCCAUCUGCAGCCCCCUGAGGUACCCCAUGGUCAUGCGCAAGGCUGCCUACGUGCCCAUGGCUGCUGGCUCCUGGGCAGCUGGUAUCACCAACUCUGUGGUUCAGACAUCCCAGGCGGUGAGGCUGCCCUUCUGUGGGGACAACGUCAUCAACCACUUCACCUGUGAGAUCCUGGCUGUCCUGAAGUUGGCCUGUGCUGACAUCUCCAUCAAUGUGAUCAGUAUGGGGGUGGCCAAUGUGGUCUUCCUGGGGGUCCCAGUUCUCUUCAUCUCUGUCUCCUAUAUCUUCAUCCUCACCACCAUCCUGAGGAUGCCCUCAGCCAAGGGGAGGAAAAAGGCCUUCUCCACCUGCUCUGCCCACCUCACAGUGGUGGUCAUCUUCUACGGGACCAUUCUGUUCAUGUAUGGGAAGCCCAAAUCCAAGGACCCCCGGGGGGCAGGCAAACAGGACCUUUCAGACAAGCUCACCUCCCUCUUCUAUGGGGUGGUGACCCCCAUGCUCAACCCCAUCAUCUACAGCCUGAGGAACAAGGACGUGCAGGCGGCUGUGAGGAACGUUGUACAUAAGAAACACCUAACUGAGUGA